AUGGUGUCCAAGGCACUAGUCGCCUCAUGCGUAGGUGCAUUGCUGCUUACAAACUCAGACGCCUAUAUUCCUGGAAAACGUGGUCUAUUUCUGUCUGGAUCUUACACUCCUUCUGCGAGCAUUCGUCCGAGUUCGACUGCCAUAUCCACCUCGACUGGUACUACGUCUACACCGCCAAUCCUCUCAAAUGCCUCAUCAUUACCGGCCAUAGCUUCUGGUACAAGUAACGGCCAUGGUACUGGAAGCACUAGGAUUUCAUCUACCCUGAUUGUUCCGGGAACUGGGACAGGUACAGCGACUGGGCCUAACACUGUAGUCCCACUAUCAACCAUUACUCAGUCAACUGGUCAAGGUACAAGUACAGGCACUGGUACUGGAAUCGGAACGGGUACUGGAAGUAGACGCCCAUCAACAACCCCAGGGAUUCCUUCGACAACGCCAUCUGGAACUGGCACUGGAACUACGACAGGAACAGGAACAGGCACAGGGACCAAAACCGCAACUGGUACUGGUACUGGAACUGGCACCGAAACUGGAAGCACUAGACCCUCAUCUACCCCAACAAUUCCAGGAACUGAGAAAGGUACAGGCACUGAUACUGGAAGUAUACGCCCAUCAACAACCGCAUCUGGGACUGGCACUGGCACUACGACAGGGACAGUGACCGAUACCGCAACUGGAACUAGAACCAAUACUAGCACUGGUACUGGUACUGGCCUCGGAAGUAUAUCCCCAUCAACAAUUCCAGGAAUUCCUUCGACUGCGUCAAGUGGAACUGGUACUGGCGGCACAACUAUUGCUCCCCUAUCAACCACCUUUACCAACACUGCCACAACUACUGGUACUGUCAGCACUCCAGCCUACCUUUUAUCGUCAUUUGUGAUCUCAGGGUCGAUAACUGUCCCGCCGCAGACGACUACUGAGUCCGGCACGUUCAGUACCACAACCCUAACCACCAACACAGGCCCUCCCAACUCGUAUUCUGCCACUACAACAACGGGGUCAGACCACCACCACACCAUUCUUCCUAUCUGGUUCAAUGACAAAGGGUUUCCUGUUAUCGUGAACCCCAUUUCUAUAACCGGCCCCCCAGGUAUCAUCCCCCCUCCACCCGGAUUUCCCACGCUGGACAUUGGACCAGACGGAAAUCCAACGCCAGACCCGAAUAAUAGGCCUUCUAACUCAGCAACUGAGACACAGCGAUCUCAAACGACAACAGGAGAUACUUCGACUACUACAACUACCGGGACUACCACAAAUACUGGGUCGACAACAACAACCACCACGACCUCGUCUACUAGUUCAUCAACGAGCACUGUUGUUACCGGGUCGAGUACCAUCUAUCUCAUUAUUCCCACAGACUCAGCAUCAUCAAGUGAUCGCAAUUCUUUUCAGUCCACGUUGGAAGACCAGGUCGGUAAAUCGAACGUACAAGCUUCAGCAAAUGACGCGAUUGGAGUCGGCUUUUGGCGGGCCCCUCUUAACUCGACCCAGGUCAAAAGCUUUUCUAGCAACCCAGUCGUUUAUUAUGUUACUCCGGAUAAGUUGAUUUCACUUGACGACAUAAAUGACCCAGGAUCAGAUAACGAGAGCGCCUCUGAUGUAUCGGUUCGAUCAUUUACCCCUGAUUCACGCGGAUACCUGGCUAAGAAUAAGAAAGAUGUCGAUAAUUUAGAAGACGUUCCAGAAUCUCCGUCUAUCAACAAGCGAGCUUCUCCAAUCCAGCAAAAGAACGUGCCAAAAGAGAUGGUGAUUAUUUCCCAGGCAAAAGACACUAUUCUCGACCUUUUACCGGACGUAUAUCAAUAUGAUCCGGCUGGCGGGAAGGGAAUAACCGUCUACGUGGUGGAUACAGGGGCGACACCAUCACAUCCCGAAUAUACCAAUAUUCCAGGUACCAAGCGCUGGUUGUUCCCUGGGUUCGGGAAAACACCAGACCGCGAUCAAGAUGACAAAUGGGGCCAUGGAACUUGUGUGCUCUCAAAGGCUGUCGGUCCGUCCUAUGGAAUCGCAAAAAAUUCAGAUGUAGUAAUAGUGAAGCUUCAGGCCGACAGGAAAGGUAAAGGAUUCAAUAUUCUCACCUCAACAUUCAUGGAUGCCCUCGUCGAGAUCAGGAGCGAUAUCGAAAAAAGAAAUCUUCAAGGAAAAGCAGUGAUCAAUUUCUCCAUUCGUGUGUCCAUGGAAAGUUCAGAUAGAAGCCUACCUACUAUCAGGAAAGUUCUCAAAGAGAUUAUCGAUAUGGAUGUUCCAGUUGUCAUGGCUUCUGGAAAUAACGCUGAGGAACCUGGGCGUCAAACGGUUGAUUCAUACCCUCAAUUGUUUGCGAAAGAUAUACCCUCCAUAAUCUUGGUUGGCGCUGUCGACAACACUGGGGCUACAGGAGGGUUCUCUCAGGGCGGGGACCUGGUCUCGGUGUGGGCGCCGGGCGUCGGCGUGAAUUGUGCCUUAAAUACUGGGGGUUCGCAGAAGCGUACUGGAACAUCAUAUUCAUCACCCCAAGUCGCUGGAUUGAUUGCUUAUUUCAUGUCUUUACCAGCAAACGGGUUGGGCGCUCCCGGUUCUGGUCAGAUUCCUAUAAAUGCUAAAAAAUUACUGAUCAAUUCUGCGUCUUACCCACGCAAGUCAGGUGGGGAUAGAGUUAUUUGGAAUUUCCAGAAUAUCAAUUGUGACAGUGACAACAAAAAGCGUGAUAGCUCCGGUGGAUCUUGCUCAAUAUCUAUCAGUGGUGUGACUACAACGACAACGCCUGGAUCUACUGGUACACAGACCCCAACUAGCGUUACUACGACUACAUCUGUGUUAUCUACAGGUAGUACCACACCGACGACAACAACUCAGACAAAUACAACAAGUGUACCCCCAACAACGACCCAACCUCCGACAACGAGUGUGCCUCCAACGACCAAAAAGACGACCACCACAAGUUCAUUGUCGAGCUCGCUAACCUGUGCUUCAUCAAGUGACCCCUCAGUUCCCACCGGUAUUCCUCAGCCAACACUUCAGAAGAACCUCACCGACUUCUGUAGUGAUAUCGAUGUAUCAUACUCGGCUAUCGUGCAAUGUGACAAUGCUGACCACGGAAGCGGCUAUAUGCUUGCGGAUAGCAGCCUCUGCUUUCCCGCACUAUACUCAUUUUCAGGGCUAUAUUAUACGUCUGCUGCGGCUGUCUGGUUCAACGUCUCGCUUACAGAGGGUAACGCCUUUAUUAUAAACAGCACUGCCUGCAACACCGCUAUGAAUCAAGUACUAAAUGGUUGCCCUCCGUUCUCAGCACCAUCGCUCGAUACGCUACUCAAAUUUGGCGGCUCCGUGGAAUUGAAUAACGGCACGGGUGGUGCGGCUAACUUUGCGAUUGAAGUUAGGCCUCAUGAUUACCGGUUCGAUUAG